UGGUUCGAGCACGUCAGCAUGAUGAUCAUUCUGCUCAACUGCGUAACACUGGGGAUGUACCAGCCCUGCCAAGACGUCGACUGCUCCAGCGACAGGUGCAAGAUACUACAGGCCUUUGAUGACUUCAUUUUCAUUUUCUUCGCCAUGGAGAUGGUGGUCAAGAUGGUUGCCUUGGGGAUCGUCGGGAAGAGGUGUUACCUUGGCGACACGUGGAACCGCUUGGACUUCUUCAUCGUCAUGUCCGGGAUGGUGGAGUACUCGCUGGACCUACAGAACGUCAGCCUCUCUGCGAUCCGCACCGUCCGUGUUCUCCGCCCGCUGAAAGCCAUCAACCGAGUACCCAGUAUGAGGAUCCUGGUCAACCUGCUGCUCGACACGCUCCCCAUGCUGGGCAACGUCCUCCUCCUCUGCUUCUUCUUCGUCUUCUUCAUCUUUGGCAUCAUCGGCGUGCAGCUGUGGGCCGGGCUCCUGCGCAACCGCUGCUACCUGGAGGAGAACCUCACCCUGUACAACGGCCUGGCCCUGCCUCAGUACUACCACCCUGAGAAGGACGACGAGACGCCCUUCAUCUGCUCCCUGUCCGGAGACAACGGGAUCAUGGGGUGCCACGAGAUCCCGGCGCUGAGGGACAACGGGCACGUCUGCUGCCUGGACAAGGACGACUAUUACUACUACGCCGCGCUGGGCCAGGAACUCAACGUCACGGGGGGCUGUGUCAACUGGAACCGCUACUACACUGCCUGCCAGACUGGAGACAAGAACCCCCACAAGGGUGCCAUUAACUUCGACAACAUUGGCUACGCCUGGAUUGUCAUCUUUCAGGUGAUAACGCUGGAGGGCUGGGUGGAAAUCAUGUACUAUGUGAUGGACGCACACUCCUUCUACAACUUCAUCUACUUCAUCCUGCUAAUCAUAGUGGGCUCCUUCUUCAUGAUCAACCUGUGCCUAGUGGUGAUCGCCACGCAGUUCUCGGAGACCAAGCAGCGGGAACACCAGCUGAUGCAGGAGCAGCGGGCCCUCUACUUCUCCUCCAGCACGCUGGCCAGCUUCGCCGAGCCCGGCGACUGCUACGAGGAGAUCUUCCAGUACGUCUGCCACAUCCUGCGCAAGGCCAAGCGCCGCACGGCCGCCCUCUACGCCAGCCUGCACACCGCCAGCCACGGCAACCGGCAAACACACAACCUCAGCCUCUGCCACAACACCUGCGGUAAGGCUGCACCACUCACCCGGCACCCGCCCGCCACUACUGGGCACUAUCACAUAACAGAGAGCUUGGAGUACACGCCGCAUGCCAUUGUCCAGCCCAUCGCCCUGACCUUGACCUCCGACCCCAGCCAUUGCCCAGAAUGCAACAGCAGCGAGCAGGCCCCCCCUAGCAACACCUCAGGCCUGGCGGUAACCGAGGCGGGGGAGCCUGAGCCGGCGAAGGACGCAGAGCCGGAGAAGGAGGACGAGGAGAACUGGUGCGUGGACCUGUGGACGGAGGUGCGGAGCAAGCUGACCAACAUCGUGGAGAGCAAGUACUUCAACCGGGGGAUCAUGAUCGCCAUACUGAUCAACACCAUCAGCAUGGGCAUCGAGCACCAUGAGCAGCCAGAAGAGCUGACAAACGUCUUGGAGAUUAGUAACAUCGUGUUCACCAGCAUGUUUGCCCUGGAGAUGAUUCUCAAGCUCACUGCGUUUGGUUUCUUCAGCUACCUGAGGAACCCGUACAAUAUUUUCGACGGGAUCAUCGUCAUCAUCAGCGUGUGCGAGAUUGUGGGCCAGUCAGACGGGGGUCUCUCCGUUCUGCGCACCUUCCGUCUGCUGCGCGUGCUGAAGCUGGUGAGGUUCAUGCCCGCACUGCGCCGACAGCUGGUGGUCCUGAUGAAGACCAUGGACAACGUCGCCACCUUCUGCAUGCUGCUGAUGCUCUUCAUCUUCAUCUUCAGCAUAUUGGGAAUGCACAUCUUUGGCUGCAAGUUUAGCCUGAAGACCGAUGGUGGGGACACCGUUCCUGACAGGAAGAACUUUGACUCGCUCCUCUGGGCCAUCGUUACAGUCUUCCAGAUCCUGACGCAGGAGGACUGGAACGUGGUGCUUUACAAUGGGAUGGCUUCCACCUCACCCUGGGCCUCCUUGUACUUUGUCGCCCUGAUGACCUUCGGUAACUACGUCCUCUUCAACCUGUUGGUCGCCAUCUUGGUGGAGGGCUUUCAAGCAGAGGGCAACGCCAACAAGUUCGACUCCGAUGAAGAACAAACGUCGACCAACUUUGAAGACUGCGAAAAGAUGAAAGAAAUGCACUACUUGUCAGGUAUGGAGCUGUGCAGCGGCGUUCCUGCUCACUGUCUAAUCCCAUUUUCCCAUGUGUUUGUCGUGGACUCAGAGGUGAAGGGGUGUCCGGUGGCGAUGACCCCCAACGGCCACCUGGACCUGUCUCCCCAGAACCUAUCCAUCGGAUCGGGAAUCAUGACGUCAUCGCGGAUUUCACUGCAGCCCGAAGACUUCCGAAGCUUCACGGGCUUGAGGAAGAGCAGCAUGACCUCGCUGACCAAGGUCAACUUCGACCAGAAAUCAUUGCCCAGCCUGCGCGGCUCCCAUUACAUCCCGUGGAGCAGUCGCAGGGCCAGCUGGAACAGCAUGGGCCGGGCGUCCAGCCAGAAGCGUGCCGUCCGCUCCGGCGAGCACGGCUCCCUCCUCUCCCACAACACCCCCGGCUCCAGCCUGAUGCAUCGCCGGGCCCUCUCCCUGGACACCAAGGGCUCCUGCGAUCUGCCCGAACUCCUCCUGGUGCCCAACAUGCAGCCGGCGGCGGUGGUGGCGGCGAGGAAGAACAGCCUGGCCACCGUUACCGUCGAUCACCGCGGAUCCAACGGGACAUGCCCCGACACCCUCAAGGAGAUCUUCCCCAAGAUGAACAGCAGGAAAGAGAGGGGCCUCUACGAUGAAGAGAUUGACUACAGUCUCUGUUACCGAAUUCAGAAGAUGAUGGAGAUUUACAAGCCAGACUGGUGCGAGUCGCGGGCAGAUUGGUCAGUCUAUCUGUUUUCCCCGCAGAAUAGAUUCCGUCUGAUGUGUCAAAUGAUCAUCGCACACAAACUCUUCGAUUACAUUGUCUUAGCCUUCAUUUUCCUCAACUGCAUCACCGUGGCGUUGGAACGGCCGGAGAUCAGCCAGGGUAGCACAGAACGAAUCUUCCUCAGUGUUUCCAACUACUUUUUCACUGCCAUUUUCGUUGCAGAAAUGACUCUAAAGGUUGUCUCCUUGGGAUUUUACAUUGGUGACCAAGCGUACCUGAGAAGCAGCUGGAACAUUCUGGAUGGAUUCCUCGUCUUCGUGUCCCUCAUCGACAUAGUCGUGUCGCUGGCCUCUGCAGGCGGAGCCAAGAUCUUGGGCGUUCUCCGGGUCCUAAGGCUUCUCAGGACCCUUCGUCCCCUCAGGGUCAUCAGUCGAGCGCCCGGCUUGAAGCUGGUUGUCGAAACCCUUAUUUCCUCCUUGAAGCCGAUCGGGAACAUCGUACUCAUCUGCUGCGCUUUCUUCAUCAUCUUCGGGAUUCUUGGCGUGCAGCUCUUCAAAGGCAAGUUUUACUACUGCCAGGGCCAGGACACUCGCAAUGUCACCAACAGGUCAGACUGUUUGUUGGCCAACUACAAGUGGAUGCAUCACAAGUACAACUUUGACAACCUUGGACAGGCUCUGAUGUCCCUCUUUGUGCUCGCUUCGAAAGAUGGCUGGGUCAACAUCAUGUACCACGGGCUGGACGCCGUGUCCAUCGACCAGCAGCCCGUCAUCAACAACAACCCUUGGAUGCUGCUCUACUUCAUCUCCUUCCUGCUCAUCGUCAGCUUCUUUGUGCUCAACAUGUUUGUCGGUGUGGUGGUGGAGAACUUCCACAAGUGCCGGCAGCACCAGGAGGCCGAGGAGGCGCAGCGGCGGGAGGAGAAACGGUUGCGCAGGCUGGAGAAGAAACGCAGGAAAGCCCAGCGCCUGCCCUACUAUGCUGCCUACUCACCAGUGCGCCUCUUCAUCCACACCUUGUUUACGAGCCACUACCUGGACCUCUUCAUCACCUUCACCAUCUGCAUCAACGUGAUCACCAUGUCCCUGGAACACUACAGCCAACCCAAGUCUCUGGAAAUCGCUCUGAAGUAUUGUAACUAUAUGUUCACCACAGUGUUUGUGCUGGAAUCAAUCAUUAAACUUGUGGCUCUGGGUCUGCGGAGGUUCUUCAAGGAAAGGUGGAACCAGCUGGAUUUGGCCAUCGUCCUGCUGUCGGUCAUGGGGAUUACACUGGAGGAGAUCGAGAUCAGUGCGGCCCUCCCCAUCAACCCCACCAUCAUCCGCAUCAUGAGGGUGCUACGGAUCACCAGAGUGCUGAAGCUGCUGAAGAUGGCCACUGGAAUGAGAGCCCUCCUGGACACCGUAGUGCAGGCCCUGCCUCAGGUGGGGAACCUUGGACUCCUGUUCAUGUUGCUUUUCUUCAUCUACGCUGCGCUAGGAGUCGAGCUGUUUGGUAAACUGGUUUGCGACCAGGACCAUCCGUGUGAGGGGAUGAGCCGCCACGCCACCUUCGAGAACUUCGGAAUGGCGUUCCUGACGCUGUUCCAGGUGUCGACUGGAGAUAACUGGAACGGGAUAAUGAAGGAUACUCUGCGGGAGUGCUCUAACGAGGACCGGACGUGCCUCAGCAACCUGCAGCUGAUCUCGCCCCUCUACUUUGUCAGCUUCGUGCUGACGGCGCAGUUCGUGCUGAUCAACGUGGUGGUGGCCGUGCUCAUGAAGCACCUGGACGACAGCAACAAGGAGGCGCUGGAGGACGCCGAGCUGGACGCCGAGAUCGAGCUGGAGAUGGCCCAGGGCCUGUGUGGUCCAACCGCCGGCCCUUCCACCUCGCCCGCCGUCUCCACGCCAGGCGGCGGCGGCGGCGCAAAGAAGAAAGGCGAGAAACCCGACCCAGGAAAGCACAUCUCGCCCGCGCAGGAAAAUCUGUGGCUGGACAGUGUGUCCCUGAUCAUACGCGACUCCUGCGAGAAUGAGCUGCUGAUGAUCGACAAUCUCUCCGGAUCCAUCUUCCACCACUACUCAUCAUCCCCCGCCUGCAGGAACUGCCAACAUGACAAGCAAGAGGUCCACCUUGCAGAGAUCGAAGCCUUCUCCCUGACCUCAGACUUCCUCUCCGACAAGUCGUCAUCUGUCGUCUUGGCCGAUGACCUGAGCUCUGAGGAGAGUGUACCUCAACUGAUGGCCAGGGAGGACGAGGAGAAGGAAGGAACAGACAGUCACGGCGUAACUGAGAAUGACAGCUCAAGUAUGCUAACAGUGAAGGAAACAGCGAUAUACAGAGCAGCCUCGUUGCCAGACAACAGUUAUGUUUCACAAGCCGAGAACACAACUUUGGGCCAAGUAUUUGCAGUGUCACAAGCGGGGCCCACAGAACAGAUUGCUGUCACUCCUUCCCAAGGGCCUUCUGACUCUUCUUGUCUUCAGCUUACCAUCGAGCUGUUCCACCCAGCCACGUCCUCACCCACAGCUCAAGAGUGCAACAACCAGCCUCUCAAGGUCCCUUUGUCUGGCUCCUGGAGUCCGCUGCACUCUCCAACGUUGACCUGGUCUCUACAGAGGCAGGUGGCGGUGUGUGACGCCUCGCUCAGUGACGAGUCGGUGGACAGCCUGCACACCAUGCUGGAGGACAGCCUGCGACUCGGCGGCGGAGACGGCUCACCCCCGGCCCCGCAGCCCGUCCCCCCGGCACCCCGGAGAACCACUCCCGCCUUUCUACCUCCCCCCGGGAAGAACGGCGCCCGGCGCUGGCGGGGCCCGGGGCUCCGGAAGACCAGGGGCCACAACCGCAGCCUGAGCAGCGGCGGCAGCACCAGCCCGUACCGGGACUCCAUCGAGCCGUCGGACGAGGAGGGGGCCGCCCCCUCGCUGCGAACCAACAGCGAGCAGUCGGAGACCCUCAGCAGCCUCUCGCUCACCUCCCUCUUCUCCCCCUCGUCUCCCUCGCCGGUCAAGAAGUGCCAAAGCACGGGCGCUUUGGACGCGGCCAAGCAGUUCUACCGCAUCGACCGGCGCGGCUUCUUGACCGCGCCGUCCUGGGUGUCGGAGCUGUGUGGGACCGGCCACCCUGGCACCAGUCCACUACAAGGUGGGUGCCCCAUCCAGGGGGCAGGGACAGAGGGCAUGGAAGAUGCACACGGGCAGGGCUGCCACGCUUCCACAGCUCAGAAGAAGAAGAGAUGAGUUUUACAACAGCAAGCGGGCGCCUGCGUGUCUGUGUGUGUUUCUGCCAUACGAGCAAAACUGGUUGACCCCCCAUGGUGUAUGAGUUACACAGUCCGGCUAUCCCAAUGCUGUUUGUGCCAACCUCACAAAGACGAAGGGAGAGGUUGCCUUGACUCAACUCUCUCUCGGCGUGGGUGGGUGGGUGGAGGGGCAGUGACCCGCCAAGCCUAGCUUGCAAAAACGUUCCCUCUCUCUCUCUCUCUCUCUUUCUUUUCAGUUUUGUUCUCCUCUCGACUUCCAAACUCAACAAAGAAUGUAACGCUACUUGACAAAGCAGUCGCUAAGAUCCAAAAUGGUGUGAACGUGGUGUGUGUGGUGUGUGCGGGUUGCAGGAGAGAACUCUCCAGUUCCCACCCCCACUCCUCUCUCCUUCUUCUUGCGUUUGACGUGCACAGCCUAAAGUGUGGUGGACAACUUGUUCUAUUUGAUCUUAUUUGAUUGUGCACGCCGGGUUGAUUGCAUUCGUCGAAACAGGG